GUAUUGAUAUGCUCGUGGAAGGUGAUUGGGUGAAAGCCAAUGGUACUACACUAGGUGCUGAUAAUGGUUUGGGAGUAGCCGCCAUAAUGUCUAUUCUGGAAAGCAAAAACAUUGCUCACCCCUCGUUAGAAGCAUUAUUCACGAUUGAUGAAGAAACUGGGAUGACGGGUGCAAUAGGAUUACAACCUGGUGCCAUUUCUGGUGAUAUACUCCUGAAUCUAGAUACUGAAGAAGAUGACGAAAUAGACAUCGGGUGUGCUGGUGGGGUAGAUGUAUCUGCUUAUCAAUCUUAUGAAACGACUCAUGCAACUGCAGAUUUCUACACCAUCGAGAUUUCUGGUUUACAAGGUGGACACUCUGGUAUGGACAUCCACAAAGGUUUUGGGAAUGCU